AUGGAUAACCUGAGAAAAUCCCCUCUGAAGCCAUGGAAGAAAGGCCCCACCAGAGGCAAGGGAGGCCCCCAGAACGCCACCUGCGAAUACCGUGGAGUGAGGCAGAGGACAUGGGGCAAGUGGGUGGCCGAGAUCAGGGAGCCCAAGAAGCGCACCAGGCUCUGGCUCGGCUCCUUCGCCACUGCCGAGGAGGCUGCCAUGGCCUACGACGAGGCCGCCCGCCGGCUCUACGGCCCAGACGCCUACCUCAACCUGCCCCACCUCUGUUCCAACAUCAAUUCCACCAUCACUGGCAAGCCCCCGCAUAGGUUCAAAUGGUUCCCUUCCAAGAACUUCACGUCCAUGAUCCCCUCUUAUGGCCUUCUUAACCUCAGUGCUCAACACAACGUCCAUGUCAUCCACCAAAAGCUUCAAGAGUUCAAGAACUCGAGAUCCUCUUCUUCUUCUUCUUCUUGUCGUAGUUUGUUUCAGAGUUUGGAACCACCACCACCGGCGGCCCCAGUUGAGGAAACUCUGUUGGAAAACUCCAACAUGAGAGUGGAAGAAGCGAGUGUCAUGCCAGAGAAGCCUCAGAUUGAUCUGAAGGAGUUCCUUCAGCAACUGGGUGUGCUUAAAGAAGAGGAGAGCAAACCGGAGGCCGAUGAGGGUGCCGAAAGCUCGAUAAUGGCUGUGCCUACGCAGGAAAGCAGUGGGGUGACUUCGGAGAUGGUCGGUUUCGACGAGGCUGACUUCAAUUGGGACACGUUGGUGGAGAUGCGGGCUUGGGAGGACCACUCGGUCAUCGAGGAUGGCGGGUUGCCGGUCGACAAUAUGCAUGGAGAGCUGAGCUUGCCUGUCUCGAUAUGGGAUCUCUGA